AUGGAACUCAAUUCUGGCGCAAAAGUGCAGAAAAGACUACAGCAUGAGGCAGAGCUUAAACAAUUAGAAGAAGAGACUGCAAGGAGAUUGGAGGAAGAAAUUCGAAAAAGGGUUGAAGAGAAAUUGGGUUUUGAAGAAGUUAAACUAGAAAUAGAGCCACAUUAUGAGAAGGUUGCAAGGCUUUUUAAUGGAGAUGAUGCUGUCUAUCUGGGAAUCAUAUUGAUGGCCAGAGUAGGUUGUGCUUUGAAGGCCGGAAUUCAAGUCGGAAAUGCCUGCUGGGAAUUGUACUGCCUUGAGCAUGGGAUUCAGCCUGAUGGGCAAAUGCCUGGAGACAAAACAGUCGGCGGUGGAGAUGAUGCCUUCAACACUUUCUUCAGUGAAACAGGUGCCGGAAAGCACGUUCCCCGCGCUGUCUUUGUGGAUCUGGAGCCUACUGUUAUAGAUGAGGUCCGUACCGGUACAUACCGCCAGCUCUUCCACCCGGAACAGCUGAUCAGUGGCAAGGAGGACGCUGCCAACAACUUUGCUAGAGGGCAUUAUACCAUCGGCAAAGAGAUUGUUGAUCUCUGCCUCGAUAGGAUCCGAAAGCUUGCGGAUAACUGUACUGGACUGCAGGGGUUCCUGGUGUUCCAUGCUGUUGGUGGAGGCACUGGAUCUGGACUUGGAUCUCUGUUGCUUGAGAGGCUUUCUGUUGACUACGGUAAGAAAUCGAAGUUGGGUUUCACUAUUUACCCUUCCCCUCAAGUUUCGACUGCUGUCGUUGAACCGUACAACUCUGUGCUCUCGACACACUCUCUCUUGGAGCACACUGAUGUUGCUGUGCUUCUUGACAAUGAGGCGAUUUAUGAUAUUUGCCGCAAGUCACUUGAUAUUGAGAGGCCCACAUAUACAAAUCUAAAUAGGCUCAUUUCUCAGGUGAUUUCUUCUUUGACUGCAUCCCUGCGAUUUGAUGGAGCUCUUAAUGUGGAUGUGAAUGAGUUCCAGACUAACUUGGUCCCAUACCCAAGGAUUCACUUCAUGCUUUCCUCUUAUGCCCCAGUCAUCUCUGCUGAGAAAGCAUACCAUGAGCAACUCUCUGUUGCUGAAAUCACGAACACAGCAUUCGAGCCAUCUUCCAUGAUGGUUAAAUGUGACCCUCGCCACGGGAAGUACAUGGCCUGCUGUCUGAUGUACAGGGGUGAUGUGGUGCCAAAAGAUGUGAAUGCUGCAGUGGCCACAAUCAAAACUAAGAGGACAAUUCAGUUUGUCGAUUGGUGCCCAACUGGCUUCAAAUGUGGUAUCAAUUAUCAGCCACCUACUGUGGUUCCUGGUGGGGACUUAGCUAAGGUUCAAAGGGCUGUUUGCAUGAUUUCUAACUCAACUAGUGUGGCUGAGGUGUUCUCCAGGAUUGAUCAUAAAUUCGACUUGAUGUAUGCCAAGCGUGCAUUCGUUCACUGGUACGUCGGUGAGGGCAUGGAAGAAGGAGAAUUCUCAGAGGCUAGAGAGGAUUUGGCUGCUCUCGAGAAGGAUUAUGAGGAGGUCGGAGCUGAAUCUGCUGAAGGAGAAGACGAAGAAGGGGAAGAUUACUAG